GCUCAGGAAAGCAGCCUGUGCUGGCGAGUGAGGAGGUAGAGAGAGUGAGAGAAGAAAAGAUAGAUAGAGAGAGAGCGAGAGGGAGAGAGAGCGAGAGCGAGAAAAGGGGAAAGAGUAGGUGUGCGAAGAGUAAAAGAAGGAAUAAUAGUGUCUGGACUGAAGGGAGGGAGAGGCGUUUGGAAGAAGCCGACUCCUCUGGGAAAUACCCUCUAACUGUGAGUGACGCCAUUCACACCGUGGGGGGUCUCACAGAGAAACGGAGUGACUGGCCUGCAGUCGCAGAGGGUCUGUACAGCCCUGGCACUCUCCCUCAGCCAGCAGCGUGUUGUAGCCGCUUCUCCCGCUCCCCCGCAGGACCCCCCCAGGGAAGAGCAGCCAAGAGGCCCAGGAAGCUGUGAGCAUGAGUACGGAAUCGUCCUCCAAGAAGGGGUUCAGACCUUCUCGCCUCCUGAAGCUGUCCUCGAGUAGGACAGCAUCCAAACAGUCCUCGGCCGGGCGACAGAGGACGCUGAGCCCGGGGAAACAAACCCUCAGGGAAGACCAGCUACCCAGGAGUAAGAUUGCGCCCCCCACAGAAGGUAAAAGCAGCCUGAGGGCGACCCAGCUGGAGGAUGCUGACCCCUCCAGACGAAAGCCGAGCCUGGCAAACGGAAACAGUCGCUUGGAGUCCAAGAACCACCGUGGCAUCACCAGAAGACACACGCUAGGAGGACCUCACUGCCCUGCAGACUCCCCAGUGGACGCCCCAACAGAAGCCCCUACCAAAGAACCUGCUGACAUGAACAGGAAGCGAGAGGCCUUCCUGGAGCACCUGAAGCAGAAGUACCCUCACCACGCCUCCACCAUCAUGGGCCACCAGGAGCGGCUCCACGAGCAGAGCAGGAACUGCCAGCCUCCAGCUGGAGACCAGGUGGACCACAUCUCCGCAGCCUCGCUGGAUUCACUGGAUGCCAUGUCGGAAGGGGAGGUCCCCCCAGGUCUGCCGGCCUUCACUCGGGGCAGCCGUACCCGAGCCAGUCUGCCAGUAGUGCGCUCCACCAACCAGACCAGGGACCGCUCUCUAGGUGUGCUGUACCUUCAGUAUGGGGACGAGACCAAACAAAUCCACAUGCCCAACGAGAUCACCAGCUUGGACACGAUCCUGGCUCUGUUCGUUAGUGCCUUCCCACAGCACCUCUCCAUGAAGAUGCUGGAGUUGCCCACAGUCGCUGUGUACAUCAGGGAUGAUGCCAGGAACAUGUACUACGAGCUCAUGGACAUCAGGGCAAUUGCAGACCAGACCUGUCUAAAGGUGUACCACCGGGACCCCACCCAAGCCUUCAGCCGCAAAACCCACUCCAGCAACGGGGAUCUCAGGGUACAGCAGACAGGACGGGAGGGGCAACCCCUGAUCUCACCCCCAGUGGCACGUGCGCUCUCCCCCCCCAACUCUUCCUCCCGCAUCCCCUUUGGACCCCGCGGGUCUUGUGGCAGUACCAGUACCAGUACCAUCCAAAGGGACCGGCUCCCCUCAUGCACCCCAGUCUCACCUGGCGCCAGCGCCAUCUUGGAGCGGCGGGAUGUGAAGCCUGAUGAGGACUCCCCGGCUAUGCUGAGCCCCCUCGCUGAUGUGGUCGACCACCGGCUCCCCAGCAGCAACCUAUGCUCUGCUCCACCCCCUGCGGCAGACCCUGCCGAGCACCCCAGCCUGUAUAGGCAGAAGUCUAGGAGGCAUGGGGACAGUCAGCUGCCCACCUUGGGCACCAGGACGCCGCCAUCAUCCCCCCACAAGACCCACCAGUCGGGGGCUCUAGAGAGGGUGACCACAGGAGCAAAGAUCCAGAGUGGUGUAACCUCUGAGUUCUCGGACCCUCAGACCAGGGAGCGGAUGAAAGCCAUGGAGAAGCAGAUAGCCAGCCUGACAGGCCUUGUACAGCACGCGCUGUUCAUGGGACCCAACGCUAAGACUGCCAAGGCAACCAACAGCGAGAAGUCGCCGCCAGUGGCCUCUCCUACGCCCAGCGUGGACAGCGCAGGAGGCUCACCUGACCCCGUAACUGGCCCCGCCUCCCUCCGCUGCAGCCUGCUCAGCUUCAGCAGGAGCGUCUCAGACCUGCGGCGGCAGCUUCAGGACUUGAGGCAGCUUCAGCUGCAGAAUCAGGAGUCCCUGAAGCAGAUGCUGCAGCGCAUGGACCAGGAGAUCGGCCACAAGGCGGCGCAGACAGCCUGGCGCUCGGACGACCCCGUCCAGAGGCAGAGGACACUGGUGGAGGAAGAGAGACACGAGUACCUGGGUGUGGAGGAGGGGAUUCUGCUGCAGCUGGGCGAGCUGGAGCGCUCAGUGGAGGACCUGAAGGAGAGCUGCGAGAAUGGCGCCGUGCCGCGGCCCGUAACGCUCCAGGAGGUGGAGGACUGUGCGGUGCAUCUGAGGAGCAUUGGGGAGGCCCUGGCCACAUUGAGAACCGGCUUCCCGGCGCUGCAGGCCAAGAUGCGAGCGGUGCUGCGGGUCGAGGUGGAAGCCGUGCGCUUCCUCAAGGAGGAGCCGCACAAGCUGGAGAGCAUGAUGAAGAGGGUGAAGAUCCUGACAGAGAGGCUCGGCACCCUGAAGACGUAUACUACAGAAAACGCACUUCAAUAUUCAAAGCUCAGUGGAGACAAAGUGGCCCCAAUGGAUCGCGUGACCACGGCUAUUGCUUCGGAGCCGAUCAUAUCCAAGGAGACUCCCCCUGUCACGGCCUGCGCUUCCCCUCCUCCACCUCUGGUCCUUCCGGAAGCCCCCGCUUCCCCCCCCGAACCCUGCAGCUCCCCCUUUCGUUCCGAGGUCGUUUCCACGAGUCCCGUGGUGGUCCACCGCACCUGCAGCUCUCCGGUCCACGUCCAGAGGUCCCAGCACUCUGCCGACCUCUCUUGCCACAGCCAGGACCCCCCGCGGAGCACAAAGAGCAGCCCCUCCCUGCGAAAGCACAGUGCCGCGGACAGCAACGGCUCGAUCGCGCAGGGACAGUUUGUCAGGAGCAGGAGCAAGGCUGAGCAAAGAGCAGCAUCCAUAGCAGCAGCCCAGUUGGAGUGGGAGGAGCAGCAGCAGAACCUGAGCCGCUAUACCAGGACCGAGUUUGACAAACUGCUACAGGAGGCACAAGACAGCUUGAUGAUGUCCGUUCCAAGCCUAGAGGUCACAGACCAGAAGGCAGAGGCACAAGCCACACCCCCUGUGGAGGCAGCUAACACACCCCCAUCUGUGGCCCCGCCCCCAGAGGAAACUCCACCUCUCAAACCUGCCACCGAAGACCAUGCUAAGUCGAUUACUGAUACACCAACAGAGGGUUUGACAGAGACACCCACACAACCCAGUCUGGAAAAUGGGUGCCAAGAACAGGGUAAUAAAUCACCACCCCCUCCUCCACCACGGCGAACUCAUCCCCCAGGAUCAGGUCUGACCACAGGGAGGUCAGGGGAGGUCAUCUACAAAACGAGGAAGGACCUCGUCGCACCUCAGGAGGAAGGAGAGGCUGUUCUUGUGCUGCAAUCCAAAUGCAGCAAGACUCCCCCAAAACCGGUGACUCCACCACCCAUUGCAGCAUCUGCUAUCCCGGAGGACGAAGACGAGGAUGACGAGGGUGACAGGAUCAUGGCCGAGCUGCAGGUGUUCCAGAAGUGCACGAUUCAAGAUGUAGAGCCCAGGUUUUUGGUUGAAUCCCCACUGGGGGAGCUGUGGCCUGGGGAGGACGAGAACAAAGGUCUCCAGGUCAAAGGGAAACACCUGGAAAUGAAAGACAAUGGAAGCAACACCAUUGCAAGCCCAAGGGUCCUAUAUUAUGACACAGAUAAAGUUUCCAAGGAGCAACUGUCACCAGGAAAAGACGACCCAAUGAAACGCAAAGAAGGAGCAGCAGCCACCUCUGUGCAGGUUCACAGUGUGAAUGUUUGUGGAAGUGCUCCAGGAAUCCAACAGAGACCCACAGGCAACAGUCCAGCUGCAUCAGGAUGUCCGUGGGUAGUAGGGCAGUCUCGUCUCCCCAGGGCUCAGCGUACAUAUAGGAAAACGCAUGCAGAUUCUCUGCCUGAAAACACCAGGAUCCAGGAAGACCUGAAAACAGGCAGCCCCACCUCAACGGUCCAGUCAGAAGAUGAUACACCUGUCGAAAAAAGAGGCAGAGAGCAGGAACGGUCAACUCUCACUCCCAUCCAGAAUCCUUGGAGUGGGGGAGUGAUGACCCAAGAGGGGACCAAAAGUCCAACUCUGAGGAGUCAAGAGUCCACUGGAAACCUGGACUUACUUCCAGAAGCCUUGAGUAAAGACAACUGUCAGGUGGCAGUUCUGAGGUCAUCCAGAGCUCGGGUGAAGUUUGCCCAGGAGGCUGUCGUGAGCCCUGCCCUCCCCUGUGAGGAAGCAACAUCCACUUCUGACAACAUCGCCUUUAAAAUAACUGACACAGAGGUCCAGGCCCUGUCCUUUGGUGAGUAUGAGGAAAUCAUGAGUACUGAAGGAGGAAACAUACAGACUGUCAAAGUGAGCGAAGCCCAAGAUAUGACCACUCAGGAGAAGAGUGGGCUUGGCAAGAAACCAGUCAUCAUCAUCUUGGACGAGCCAAUGGAUAUCCGGUCUGCCUACAAGCGGCUCUCUACCAUAUUUGAAGGGGAGGAGGAGCAACCGGACCAAAGGCUGGUGGACAAAAGGAUAGAGGAAGUGCCAGAGGAGAAUGACUCGGAGAGAGAUGGAAUCCAGGUAAUUUGCCCAAAAGAUGGAGGUAAGGCAAUUCUUGGAGGAAACACCCAGAAUUACUGCAGCCUCUCCAGCACUGUUACACAUCAUCACAAUGUAACACAGGAAGCUUCAUCUGCCCUUACUGAAAGGGUAGAUCAUGGGAAGCAGGACCCUAAGAAGAAGUUCAGGCUUAAGUUUCCCAAGAAGAAACUGACAGCACUAAGUCAAGCUAUCCGAACAGGCACGAAGACAGGCAAAAAGACACUCCAGGUUGUAGUUUAUGAAGAUGAGGAAGAGCCGGACGGGACUAUGAAAAUGGCUAAAGAAGCGAAGCGAUUUGAAAUUGGCUACCACAGGUCUUCCAGCGACUCCACCACUACAAAAUUCACCGAAUGUCAGGCAAACUUGUCCGGUUCCCAGCACGGGUCAGAUGAGUUCUGCAAAAGCGCAAGCCUUGAGCAGACCAACAAACAGCUGGAGGCGUCAGGAAGCAUAAUGUGUCCUUUGCCAACAAAAGAGGUGGUUGCAGAAGAACCCAAAACCACACUGGUUACAUUAAUGGAGCCCAUAGUCAAAGACAUGGUAGAUGAGGCGCCCGUUUCUCCGAAUGAAGCCACCUCUCCAACUUGGAAAGCUAUCAGGACUCCACAGCCGAAGUUUCGCAAACCAAAACUUCCUCCUCGACCAACUGUCAUCCCCCACUCUCCCACCAAGAGCCAUCAGAACACAAGUCUCACUUCUGCUGCAAGCCUGUCUCCGUCGACCGUACCAAGAGCACAGCCGGCCCCUGCAGACAAAGCAGUGAAACAGCAGAAGUUUCUGGACCCCCAGAGGCAGUUCCAGCAGGCUAACGGAAGCGCUGGGAAAGCUGUCGGGGAUGCUAAAGCGCCUUCCCCUGCUUUUCCUGCUUUUAAGAUCCCUGCCUUUGACCCUAGCAGUGGAAAGAGCAGCUCUCCAUCUGCUGCUAACCCAGAUGCCACUAACCUGAACUCCUUUAUCAACAACCCCGCUCAAACUCACCAUUCCACCCUUUGUCUUACACAACCCUUCCCUGCUGGCUCUCCCAGGCUCCCUAGCAGCACCACUCGUAGCUUCAAGUACCAACCCAUCGGCUCAGCCCAGAGCCAAAAUGGCCAACUGCAGCCAUCCUCCUCCCCUGUUUCUUCUCCAACCAUGAGUCAAGGUGUCAAGACAAUAAGUGCGCAGACGACCAGCUUCACCUGCUACAAGCUGCAGGGCAGGAACGGCAGCAAAGCCAUCUAGUGUCCCCUGUGUCCAACAAAGAUGCUUGACGCUGGACUGGGUGGAUGUGCGAAAGGGGCUGUCGGUGUGUGUGACAUCACAACACACGGAGUCUGCUGUUCAUAAAAAGAAAGGACAUUUGAUGUCCUUUUGCAACCUUUGAUUAAAACAUGUUCGCUGGUCAUACAGCUUCAACACAAAAAAGACAAAAACAUGAGCAAGUUCUGCAGCUCACCAGCAUCCUUCUGUGUGAUGAUCAUCCUUUUACACAGUGCAGUUACAUAUUUCACACCGUGAGUGAACAGAGCAACAAUCUGAGAGAACCAGUUGUGAAAAUGCGGUAUUUUUAAUCAAAGGACCAAGGAGACCUGUAGUUUAUAGCUCCAGCUGAGAGCAAAGACUAACCCAUAGUAAUCCUAACUUUAUUUUUUUUUCAAUGGUUUUUGUAUGUUAAAAAACACAGAGUCAGCUACGGUGUGUGUGAUGUGCACGAUCAACACAAGAUCAUCCGUGUUAACGUGCAGGUGCUGUCAGACUGCUUUGCGCCGGUUUGGCUGCAGCUCUGCUCUGCAUUCGGUUGCACGGCACUUGCACGCAAAGCCAAGUUUGCUGUUAGGUCCAUCUUGCCGUGCUCAUCAGUAUAUUCAAUAGCGAAUGCAGUUAAAGAUGAAUAAUCUGCAGGAUCAGGUCAGUCUGCAAAAUAAUUUGAUAAAAUAUACUAAAUAUCAGUGGGUGUUUUCCAUACUUCCUAAGUCUUCAUAAGAGGUACCUUCCACUAGCGGAAAAUAUGUUUUGUGUGAAGGUGAUUUUAUUUCUGGGGUUCAAGGCAUUGCAGUAAACGUGUAUGAGUCUUACAUUAGUGAUACAUAAAUCUUGGCCCAUUGACAUUCCUUCUAUAAGUUUGCAAUAUUGCUGAUGUUUUUGACCAGAGUGAUGUGUGGGAUAGCUUUAUUCCAGGCAAAAAUGUGUUUAAAGUACUUAUGAAUAUAUUUUGUCUUAAAUACAUACUUGCGCAUAGUAGGUCAAGUAAAAUAUAUUAAAAGAGCUUUGUCACAAGAAAUCACAUUUAUAAAAACACUUUCGAGAAUCGUGUACCUUGUCAUAACAUUAGAUCAUCGACUUAAAUUCAAUAUUUUUCUCGUUUGCCCCAUAAAAGUGUUUGCUGUGUUCAUGCACAAAUUGUGACGGUGCAGUUUGACGACUACAGAUCACACGAAAUGGAUCCGUUUAAAAGGGUCACAGUGACAACAGGCAAAGGUAAAACACUGUAAAACCAAGAGUCUACAUUAACCACUGUGCUUAGUGCCGUUCGCUGCAGUUUCCCCAGUGCUUUUUUCUUUCUAGCUCUGUAUGCACUGCCGGUUUACCGUAUGAAACUGUUUAAACUGAUUUCUAAAUAAACCUAACAUUUAUUGCCAAGUUUGCAGAUUGCAUUUCACACGCUGAUGUAGAGUGUGGCUGUCUGUCAUUUUAAAGUUUCACUGAUUGAGUCAAUAUUUUUGUGUUAAAUUAAUGUAUGCUGCAUGAUUUUUCUUGAGCUGCGUUGUGUGUAAACACAGUACAAUUUACAAUUUGCCAAGAGGCCAGAAUCUUGCCUUAAUUUUGGAACAAACAUUUGACACCAGAGUGAAAGAGUCAGUAGAGAUGUGCAAACUGAUUGUGUAUAUAUUUGUCUGCUCUUUUGUAAAGCUUUAAACCACACUGUACGAAAGGCACCGUGGAAAGAAAUCUGUAAACCUUAAUAAAUGCUGCCUGCUUGCUGACA